CAACGUGAUUGCGUAAUCAGUGCUGUGGUUGUUCGUUGCCGUGGACACAGCCCAACAAUCACAAAGACACCGAUCAAAGUGAAACCUGCUCAUUACUCAGACUGAGAAUGGCAGAAAUUGAUCUCAGAAAUUAUGAGUUAUCCCAACUGCAAGCAGAAGUCGAGCAGGAGAGAGAGGUCAAGGAGAUGUUAAAGGACUCCGUGUCUGACCUGAGGAGCACACUGGCUGAUUUGGAGAAGAGACUUAACAGUGUUGACGGAGAAGAGAACGAGUGGAGAACCAGAUAUGAGACACAGCUGGAACUGAACGAGCAGCUGGAGAAACAAAUCAGUGUUGUUCAGGAGAGACUCGAGACCCUCCGCGGUAACCCCUCAGAUCGACUGGCUUCUAUUCGCUCAUAUGAUGAAAUGUCAGAGGAUGCUCUCAGACAGAGGCUGAAAUUGCUGUCUGCUGAGAAGUGCGGCCUUCAAUCCCAACUGAAGGACUUCCAAAUAAGAAUCGCACAGGAAGGAAAGACUUACCAGAAAGUCUACGAAGAGAGGCGGGCAUAUCUUGCAGAGAUCGCAAAGCUGUCUUCAACGCUGGAUAUGAGCAGAAAGCAGCAGAUGGUUCAAGCCCGGAGGAAAGCGUUGGGUCCAGACAAAACGUAAAUCAGAGGCCAGGAGAGUAUGAGGCAACAUUCAAGUAUGAUGAAAGGGUCUGACAAAAAAGCACCAGCAAGGAGUCAACUCCCUCGAUUAAAACAUUAAUGCAGUUCAGGGAUCUUCAACAGAGCAUCCAUCAAUUAUUGUUUGAUUAUUUUUGUCUGAGUGUUUAUUUUUUAUCUUUUUUUUUAAGAACAGUAAAAUUAAGCAUAAUUUUUGAGUUCAUAGACCUAGCUAUAUUGUCAUAUAAGAUGCUAAUUCUGUUAUGAAAACUUCCCAUAUAGCAAGCAACCACUUAAACAAUGUUAAGUCAAUGUUUAUGUGUCAGUGCUACUGCUAACUGCAUUGAAUUAAUGUUAUAAAGUGAUGUUGGUGCUAUAUCACCUUUGAACCCGCAAUUAAUGUUGAAACAAUGGGGAUAUUUCAACAACAACAAAAAAAAGUAAUGUCAUUAAAUCACUAUUAUGAAGUAAUGAUGGUUCAUUAUCACUUAUUCACCCUCAGUUAAUGUCAACCCCCCCCCCCC